AUGAGGAUACUGGGACAGGUUGCUUUCUUGCUUUUGCUUGGAUGCAUCUGCUGUCAGAACAACCGCAAUGCCAAGUCUGGCGGCAAAUCCUCCAAGAAGACUGGGAACCAAAACCAAAGCGGUGAUGUUGCCCAGUCUCCACCUGAGGAUGACACCCAUCCCGCACCUGGACGAGCAGCAGCCGAGUCAGGGCGGGAGGCUGCUGCAGCGGGGCGAGCAGCCGCACAACAGACAGAUGAGAUGAGGCUGCACCACCUCAGGAACACCCAGGUUACCUGCAAUGACGGAACGGCGGCUGGGUUUUACUUAAAGGAAUUCAGAGGAAGCCGCCGAUGGCUGUUAUUUCUAGAAGGUGGCUGGUGCUGCUACAACAAGGAGACCUGUGAUUCCAGGUACCAAAAUAUCCCUCGACUAAUGAGCUCAUCGGGGUGGCCCCAAACAAAAAGAGGAAGCGGAAUAUUGUCUUCACAAGCAGAGGAAAACCCUCACUGGCAUAACGCAAAUAUUGUAUUCAUCCCGUACUGCUCCAGUGAUGUGUGGAGUGGGACUGGGCCCGCCCCGACGCCUCCAAGGCCACGCCAGGGCAGAGAGAAGGAAAAAGACAGGAAUGCAACUGACUACACCUUCAUGGGCUCCCUGAUCAUCCGCGAGGUCAUCAACGACCUUGUCCCCAAGGGAAUCAAGCAGGCCAAAGUUGUCAUGCUGACUGGCACAAGUGCUGGGGGGACAGGUGUUCUGCUCAACAUUGAGAAGGUGGCCAGUCAGCUGGAGCUGCUCGGUGCAGAGACUCAGGUCCGAGGACUGGUGGAUUCAGGGUGGUUUCUAGAAAGUAAACAGCAGAGGUCACCUGACUGCCCAGAGACUGUUUCCUGCUCACCGGAGGAUGCUAUCAAGAAGGGACUCAGGCUGUGGAAUGGUGCUGUGCCCGACAAGUGUCGUCAGCUCUAUAAGAGAGGGGAGGAGUGGCAGUGCUUCUUUGGCCACAAACUGUACGCCACCUUGACCUCCCCUGUGUUUGUUGUGCAGUGGCUAUUUGACGAAGAGCAGCUGAGAGUGGAGAACAUCUACUUGGGAGGGCAGAGCCUGUCAGAGCAGCAGUGGCUCUACAUGCAGAACCUGGGCAAGGAGUUCAAGAACUCCCUCAGAGAUGUCACGGCUGUGUUUGCUCCCUCCUGCCUCUCCCACACAUUGAUCACUAAAAGUAACUGGAUGAAUUUUCAAGUAAAAGGCACCACCCUGCCGCGGGCCCUGCAGUGCUGGGACAGGAGCCUCCAGGACGCCAACCGCAACAACAGGACCACCGCGAAGGGCUGCCCCUUCCACCUGGUGGACACCUGCCAGUGGCCACAGUGCAACCCCACCUGCCCGGCCUUGGUGGACCAGGCCACCCAGCAGGAGCUCACCCUGCUCCAGAUGCUGGUAGCCAUGGGCUUGGACCUCCAGAGGCUGGGUCUCAGUCCCCAGGGCAAUGCAGGCUCCCUGGCCAGCAUGGUCAGCAACGGUGGCUAA